AUGGGUCAUAGGAAGUGCACAAAAAAGACUAAAGUACUUCUAGUUCCAUAUCCAGCACAAGGUCAUGUAACUCCAAUGCUUAAACUAGCUUCAUUGCUAUAUAGCAAUGGCCUUGAUCCAAUAGUCAUCACACCCGAAUUCAUCCACCGUAAUAUUUCAACACAAAUCGAUCCGAAAAGUGGAAUUUCUUUCAUGUCUAUACCAGAUGGACUAGAAGAAGGAACCCCUCGCGAUUUUUUCGCGAUAGAAAAUGCAAUGGAGAAUUACAUGCCAUACCAUUUUGAAAAACUUGUUAGACAAUAUGAGUUUGGUGGAAAAGAAGAGGAUGGAAUUGUGUGUGUGAUUGUUGAUUUGCUUGCUUCUUGGGCUGUUAAAGUUGCUAAUAGGUGUGGCAUUCAAGUUGCUGGAUUUUGGCCAGUCUUUUUGGCUGCUUAUAAUUUGCUUGCUUCAAUUCCAGACUUGCUCAAAGCUGGAAUCAUCUCAGAAACAGGUUGUCCAUUGCAAAAUGGUCCUAUAUGCCUUUCAAAUGAUCAUCCUACACUUAGCUCAGAAGAUUUGCCAUGGCUUAUAGGAAAUUCAACUGCAAGAAUUUCAAGAUUCAAUUUUUGGACUAGGACAACGGAAAGAACAAGAACACUUAAGUGGCUCCUUGUAAACAGAUCUCCAGGCGCAUGUCACGAGGUGCGAAAUACUACUAUUUUGGGAACCCAAUUUGAUUAUGAGUUCCAAGAUUAUCCCCAAAUUCUCCCAAUUGGAACUCAUGUAACAAUCAAGAAUGCUAGCUUUUGGGAGGAAGAUUCAAGUUGCUUGGAUUGGCUAGAUAUGCAAACUACUAAUUCAGUUAUGUACAUUUCUUUUGGGAGUUGGGUUAGUCCAAUUGGAGAAGCAAAAGCG